GAGCGGAUUGGCUGACGCCUAGACCAAUCAUAAGCGUGUGUGAGGCUGGGUGAUCCGGAAGCCAGUCUGACAGUGCACAGUCCCGUGAUGUUGGGCACAAGGUGCGUUUGAACAGUCGAAGCCUCGGCACCUAAAGGCGGGUCCUGGGGCGCUUGGGUUCUCCGGUACCCUGAGAGGUGCUGGGCGUCUGGAUAUGACGAAGUUCGGGUCCCCGGAGCAACUCUCCGAUUUCAGUGAUUUCGGCCGGCAGCAAGUUCUGCGCGAUGUCCAGCGAGAUGGAGAAUCCCGGGCGCUCUGCAGCCCGGACGGAAAGCACCUUUUCCUCCUGCUCCCUCACAGACUGCUCUCCUUCCUCCGCUUACCCACAGAGGCCCCGCUCCUCCCUGCCUCCUAUCUGGAGAUAACAUGGACCUCCCCGCAGCUUGUUGGGGUUCUCUUCCUCGAAUGCUCAGAGCACCCAUGGUUACUGACCCUGGUUUGGGAAAGCGGCCGGGCAGAAGUGUGGAGUCCACCCAGGGGUCCCUUCAGCAAGGGCUGGGUGUUACUGCAGACCCUGGAGCUGUGCAACAGUGCCCGGGCUAGGGUGGUAUCGGUCUGCAACAGCGGCAGGGAUCUGGUUUGGUGUGAGGAGAGACCCCCUUCUGGGGCCAAAGCAUUGUCGUCAUCAUCAUCCACAGACAGACCAUACAGUUACUGCAUCUGCCAGCGGUUCCUGGUGCUCCACAAACAGCAAGUGACUCUGGGCGGUAUGAAAAUAGUCUUACAUCACAGUCCUCUGUACCAUCUUCAUUCAACGCCACAUCAUAUCUUCAUGAUACCUGAUGGUGGCACCAAGGGCAUUGCCACCCGCCUCCUACUUGUGUAUUCCCAUGUGGAAGAGAAAAUCACCAUGACGUCUAUAUCCACUGGACUUAUUCACAGCAAGAGCCUGACUGAGGCCGAGUCAGACUUCCAAAAAAUGGUUGUUGAAUAUCUAGGCUUUGUGACUUCUCAGACCCCUUUGAAUAACGUGUGCCUCAACGUGACUAAGUCAGGUGAACUACUACUAAUGGAUUCCAGUAGGCAUAUAUAUUUACUUAGCCCAGAUGGAGCAAUGAGACUUGUUUGUGACAUUGAUAACCACCCUGUUGCGAGCGAUGCCCAAAUUGCUAUGCAGAUAUUUGAUAGAACACUGGCCUGUGCCUUGGACUCCGUCUUGUACCUCAUCGAUAUCAGUACUGGAAGGUUGAUGGAGAAAAAAAUACUAAAUGCCGAUAGAUUGUUCUUCUUGAGCGUCUUCGAGACCAGCGCUAUUCAGUUCUUGACAAAGAACGGGAUUUAUAAAAUUAGCCGUUCCAGUGGUGUAAUGGGAAAUUUUGAAAAUAAUGUCAAAUCUGAGCCGGCGUUGGUAGAAAUGAUUUUUGAAGAAGCUUGUAAGUACUACCAAAGAAGGAGUCUCAGCAAUACCAAACUUACAGUGCAGUCAUUGAAGACGGAAGGCGUUUUCCAAGCGCCGAUAAUGUUAUCCUCUAUUCUUAAGUACUACCAGAAAAAAGAAAAGUCAAUAGAUCUUAAGUAUGUGGACUUAUUGAGCACAAUGAACAAUGACCUUGAGAGCUACUUAAGCCUGGAACGUCUUAAAACUUGCAUUAUUAAUGUUGCGGAAGAAGACAUAGAGAAGUAUUGUGAGGAUUUGGUAGACCAAGAGAUCAAUCGUCUUCUUCACUCCGACUUGGAUAGAGAGAGCUUAAUCUACAUCAACUCUCUUUUCUCCCUGUUUCCGGAAGCCGCGUGGCUGUCCGUCAGGAAUAACCUUCAAUUCCAGCAAAACGGUGAUGGAAAGCUUGUAGUCAGAGCAACGCCCGAUAUGUGGAAGAAGGUACUAGGACCCCUUCCUUCUGGGUCAAAGGAAAGCUCUCAAAAUGGAGUGUACCCUCUCUUUGAGGUCAUUUGUCAGUCUCUGUAUACAUUUAAACCCAAAUGGCUGCCAAUGUUUGUAAAGCACGCACAAGAUUGUUUGGGGCUUUCCUGGGGCUUUAGUAACAAAGACAAUUGUGAAAGUGUACCUUUGUAUAAAAGGGCUUUGUCCGUGCUGAGUAAGCAAAAAGAAUACACUACCGCUGAUCAGGAUUGUGACUUAGAGGUUGACAUUUUAUUAUGCAGUGGAAGGCCGCUGGCUAUCACCCAGGCAAUCCAUAUCUUAAUUGGCUUACAGCAGUGGGAAAGGGUUAUGGAAGAAACCAAAAAGUUCUCGCAACUGAGUCCUGUCAUUACCAAAGAUAUUUUCGUCACGCUCUUGGUAGAAUUUGUCAAGCGCAGGUAUUUGGACGCUUAUGUUAACCAGAUCUGUGACAUCUGCCCGGAAGAUAUGACUGCUACUGCUCUUCUGCGCAUUGUCCUACAGAACUUGCCCAAAACGGAAGGAGACCAGUGUCCGUUCCCCUCUGAUGAUGGAGCGCAUUUUACCAUCGGCUUGCUGAAGCCGCUGCUGAGCAAAGUGUUACAAAAUCAGGCCAGGAUAGAUCAGAAAGCCAUCUCUCCAACCUUUCUGCCGUCUCCUCCACCACGGACUGACAAAUUGGGGGCAGACCAUGUUUUCCUUAAUGGAAAUGGUUUAACCCCUGAAUAUUGUCCUUUGACGGACAUCCGCACAGCUAAUGGCUUGUGAACAUGCCUCCUUACACUGUGUGCCAGUUGUAAAGGUGUCGGGGGGGGGGGUUAUUUAAAGCACUUUCUGUUCAUUUGAUAAUUUUCCGCUCCUGUAUUUAUGUCAGUGUUAUUUUGAUUGUUUUUUGUUUCACUCCUUAUAAUGGGACACACUUCUUCACUUUCUGUGUCUUAUAUUUGAAAUGUUGCCUAUUUUGAGUUGUAACCUCUCCUCUUUACCACGCAAACGGCGAUGACAAGCAAGUCAGUCUUUAGCGGUGCCUCCUGUAAAUUAAGUAUUAACACUUCAGUUGUAAAUAAUCCACGUGUUGUAAGUAUAUUUAAAUAUAUAUCUAGUUACUAAGUGUAGAGUAGUUUGGGAAAGCAUCCCUUACAAAGAGUCCAUUGUUUUCACUUAUUGCCCAAUAUAGGGCUGGUUUUAUAUAGAAACAAGUAAUUUCUUUGCAGGAAACCUGAGGUUAUCAUGGGAGCCUUGAAGUGUAAAAAGAUGCCUGCUUUAUUUAUGAAGCACAUUUUAGUUGCGUACUCCAUUUUAAUUUGCAGUAUUGGUGAAAUACAAUAAAUGCUUUUAAUCCUU